GAUCUUGGAAGUUUGACGCGAACAUUAAAUUGCGACUUUUUGUCAGAAAUUGUUUUAUUUCCAAGAUAAGUAUAAAUUAGAGUGCGUUUGCAGCGUGCCUAUUCCAUCGGGUCGCAAGAAAACGUGCUUUGAAUAGGCGACUUUUGAAAGGACUUCACAUUAACAUUCUGACAGUUUGCAGGAGUGCAUCUUUGUCAACCAAUUUGCGCAGCGAACUCAGUGACAUUCAUUGCAGCCCGUGCGCACAGCAGCAGUUGGAUUCUAAAGUCUUGAUAGGAAGGAAUUUUUCCCUCCAAGAGCAAUUCAUUGCAUUAGCUCAGCGGUCAUUUUUUUUCGCAUGAAUCUACUCGACCCCUUCCUGAAGAUGACAGACGAACAGGAGAAGUGUUUCUCUGACGCUCCAAGCCCCAGCAUGUCUGAGGAUUCGGUCGGCUCGCCGUGCCCGUCUGGCUCCGGUUCCGACACCGAGAAUACCAGGCCGUCCGAUAAUCAUCUCUUACUGGGUCCAGACGGCGUGCUCGGCGAGUUCAAGAAGGCUGACCAAGACAAGUUCCCUGUAUGUAUCAGAGAUGCGGUGUCUCAGGUGCUGAAGGGUUACGACUGGACCUUGGUGCCCAUGCCCGUCCGACUGAACGGCUCCAGCAAAAACAAGCCACAUGUCAAGAGACCCAUGAACGCGUUCAUGGUGUGGGCUCAAGCCGCCCGGAGGAAACUGGCGGACCAGUACCCACAUCUCCACAAUGCAGAACUCAGCAAAACCCUGGGGAAACUCUGGAGAUUACUCAACGAAGGCGAGAAGCGUCCGUUCGUAGAGGAGGCUGAACGCUUGAGGGUGCAGCAUAAGAAAGAUCACCCCGACUACAAGUACCAGCCCAGAAGGAGAAAAUCCGUGAAGAACGGGCAGAGCGAGCCAGAGGACGGCGAACAAACCCACAUCUCUUCCGGUGACAUCUUUAAAGCUCUCCAGCAAGCCGACUCGCCCGCGUCCAGCAUGGGAGAAGUGCAUUCUCCCAGUGAACAUUCAGCAGGCCAGUCCCAGGGCCCACCUACACCACCGACCACCCCCAAAACAGACCUGGCUGUGGGCAAGGCCGACCUGAAGCGUGAGGGCCGCCCCCUGCAAGAGGGCACGGGCCGCCAGCUCAACAUCGACUUCCGAGACGUGGAUAUCGGCGAGCUGAGCAGCGACGUCAUCUCCAACAUCGAAGCUUUCGAUGUCCAUGAGUUCGACCAGUACUUACCGCCCCACGGGCACCCCGGCAUGCCUGGCAUCAACGGCGCCCAGACGAGCUACACGGGCAGCUACCGCGGCAUCAGCUCUAACUCCAUUGGCCAGGUGGGUGCUGGAGGCCAUGGCUGGAUGUCCAAGCAGCAGCAGCAGCCCAUCUCCAUCCUGAGUGGAGGUGGAGGUACUGGGGGAGAGCAAGGCCAGAGCCAGGGGAGAACCACUCAGAUCAAGACGGAGCAGCUGAGCCCCAGUCACUACAGUGAGCAGCAGGGCUCCCCUCCCCAGCAUGUCACCUAUGGUUCAUUCAACCUGCAGCACUACAGUGCCUCAUCCUACCCCUCCAUUACCCGCACCCAGUAUGACUAUUCUGAUCACCAGGGCGGCGCCAACUCUUAUUAUAGCCAUGCAGGUGCCCAAGGCUCAGGGCUUUAUUCCUUCAGCAGCUAUAUGAGCCCCAGCCAGAGGCCCAUGUAUACCCCCAUCGCCGACCCCACCGGAGUGCCCUCGGUGCCCACCCAGACCCACAGUCCACAGCACUGGGAGCAGCAGCCUGUCUACACACAGCUCUCCAGGCCCUGAGAGUCCAGAAGUUAGAGGUCAGCCCUUAGCACAGACUGUCCCAUAAGAACCCAUCUCCUACCAGAGACUCUUAUCUCCCAGAAUCCUCAGGGGCCCACAGGCCUCUACGCCAACACACCCUCCACCGCCAAUAUAAAAACAUUCAAGAACUUUUUCAAAGUAAUGAACAUUUAUUAUCUUGGGAACAACGGCUCACGACAGUGCCUUUUUUAACGCUCGGAGUUGUGAUUAUAUUUUUAUAGGUAUAAUGUUAAAAGAAACUCCGUUUUGAAAAGAGGAAUCCUCCGUGAGGAUAUAUUUGUUAUAAAUAUUUUAGUAUGUACUGUGUAUGUGUUCUGAACUGUCUUUUGGUACUAUAUCUUUCGGGGGAUUUAUACGUUUAAUGAGGAAGAGAUGCUUUAGGUGAACAACGUCCUCCGCGGCCUUACUUCUCGCUCAUGUAUUUUUGUACAGGAGCAGGAAGUCAAAAGAAAAUAGUCCCCCUACUCACUGCCUGUCCUCUUUUAAUACAUUCUGCUUUGAUUCUCAUGUACAUAUCUUACUGUAAUUGUUUACGAGAUCUUAUAAGAACUGAGCAAAGUUGGUGUUUAAAUAGUUUAUGGCCGUGACUUAUUAUGUGACCAUGUCAUCAGUGAAUUAGACAAAUUAUCGCUAUUUUCUUGUUGCUGCGUUAGCAAUUAACACAUCAGCGCAAGUUAUUGUGUUGGGAAUGCUAAUAGCAUUAGAAAGUGCCAUAUAGUUACACCAGGGGCCUUACUGACUGUGUUGGUAGAUGUGACUGAGAAAUGCUUUGAAUUGCCUUCAUGCCGUUGGUGCCUGUUGAAGCGCAGUAGAGAGACUCUUUACAUUAGCGAUGCUAGCGCAGCAGUGUAGCCUAGAAACCACAGCUGAGUUCUCACUUCCUGUCUGUGGAGAGAUACAGGAAGUGGCCUUUGACCCCCAGCAGUCUCCCUUCCAGUUGUUGUUCCUCUGGCCUCUUAUUCCUUACAGUCUUAACAUCUAAUUUAUUCAUUAGCAAUUAAUUUUAUUUGAAAAGUAAUAACUAUUUUGCAUUUUAUUCCUUUUUAAUUCAGCAGCGACUAAUUGAGAUGAGAAAAUAUGAACUCUUCUGCAGAUGGGUUAGCUGUUUCCAUGUGGUACAGAUUGUUCUAAGCAUCUUUGUUUAUUUAUAAUUUGUAAAUGUUUUCAGUUGAAAUAGUUAUUUUGAUGAUCUAGUUGUGUACAGAUGAAUUGUGAUCAGACUUGAUCUGAAAUAUGGGAAAAAGAAAAAGCUGGGCGUUGUUUUAUUCUGACAGAUAUGGAUAUCAUGGUUAUUGGAGCUGUGGCUGCAGUGUGAAGAUGUCUAUCAUGGUUAUUGGAGCUGUGGCUGCAGUGUGAAGAUGUCUAUCAUGGUUAUUGGAGCUGUGGCUGCAGUGUGAAGAUGUCUAUCAUGGUUAUUGGAGCUGUGGCUGCAGUGUGAAGAUGUCUAUCAUGGUUAUUGGAGCUGUGGCUGCAGUGUGAAGAUGUCUAUCAUGGUUAUUGGAGCUGUGGCUGCAGUGUGAAGAUGUCUAUCAUGGUUAUUGGAGCUGUGGCUGCAGUGUGAAGAUGUCUAUCAUGGUUAUUGGAGUUGGAGCUGUGGCUGCAGUCUUUCUAUAGAAUCACCAGCAUACUUUUUUUGUUUUUGAAAAAAGUUGUGUUCUUUAUUCUCUAUUCCAUAUCUUCUCAUGUUGGCAUCUUUGUAAUUCAACUGAAUUCUUGUUUUCCUAGGUAAAACACGCCAUUGUCUUAAAAGAAGCUUAUCUUUUGUAUUAUAUUGUUUGCAAUAAAAGAAAACAUAUUGAAAAUAAA